AUGGAUGAGAGGUUUUCUGAAGAAAGCAGUGAAAAUGAACCCAGGAAAAAGGGUCAAGGUACCAUUCCGACCACUGAAGAGUAUUUAAUUUCAGUUGACCAUUCCCACUCUUCGGUGUUACAAAUGCUGUUUAGAGUUCUGCUCAGUCAAGAAGAGCUACUUUCACCGGUCCUUGAACGUUUAGCUCUUUCGUACACAUUUGAAUCGGGUAGUGAUGUGGUCUGGAGCCCAGUGGCGUUUACAAAAUCAGAACUGAAUGUCGAUCAGUGGGCUUUGUUCGAUGGCACCACUGAGUCAGAACAAAGUGUAUCCGUUGGUGUUCAAGUGACCAUUUCAGAACAGAAGAAGAUAGCUAUGUUGUUCCAGCCUGUUGUCCUACAUUGUCAGUAUUCUACUACAUCUGCCCAACAACCAGUGGUACAGUGGCGCUUUAAAUCAUACUGCAAGGACCGUACUAGAGAUGCCUUCAGCAUUCACAGCACAGCUGCACACGUCAUCAGCCAGAAAGAACAGAGUCCUACGUGGGACCCAUAUCUAGAUUGUGCAGACAACAGUCGUACUGUCCGAAUUGUGGCUUCCCGUCAGGGUUCUGCAGUCACCUUAGGAGAGUACUACAAAGGACGAGAAAUCACCAUUAUCAAUAAUGCAGAUCUCCAGAUUGGGAGGUUACACUGGGGAGAUAGUGGGGCUUAUUACUGCUCUGUUAUCACUCCAGAUGACAUUGUGGGUAACAACGAACAAAGAAUGGAACUUCUUGUGUUGGGUAGGAGUGAAGUGGUUGCAGAUCUCUUGCCCAGUUUUGAUGUAGAGAUUAUGCCAGAAUGGGCAUUUGUUGCUUUAGUGCUCUCAGGAUCUCUAAUAUUCCUCAUCUUACUUGGUGUAUGCUGGUGCCAGUGCUGUCCUCACACAUGCUGUUGUUACGUCCGCUGCCCAUGUUGUCCAGAGUCUUGCUGUUGCCCACGAGCCUUGUACGCAGCUGGGAAAGCAGUAAAAGCUGGACAUCUUCCUAAUGUUGCAGCCUAUCCACCGUAUUACAUCCCCAGGGUACCCAUAUCACCAAGUGUAAUUGAUUCAAAGCCUCUGUCUUCAACUGCACAUGUGGACAAUGAUAUGGGAGGAUCUGUACGAAGUGGCUACAGGAUUCAAGCCAACAAAGAGCAAGACUCCAUGAAGGUCCUUUAUUAUGUGGAAAAGGAAUUGGCACAAUUUGACCCCUCUCGGAGAAAAUAUGAACAAUCCAGUAACAUGUCGGAGCUCAGUUCACUUCACGAUCAGGACACUGACUUCCGCCAGACCUUUCCUCAGGGUCGAAAACAAGUGCUCCCAGCAAUUACUGCCCAGGACGAUGACUCAGCAUUCAGGGGUCAGCUGACAAGAGGGUCGGGACAUUUCAAGAACAGAGAAAGAAGAGACAACGAGCGUUGCAGUAGCAGGUCACGGUCUCGAUCUCGAUCUUGUGAAAGACAAAGAAUUGAAUUCCAUGACAAAGACCAAACAAGGUCACUGGAUGAACUAGAACAAUUUGCGGAAUCAUACCAUUACAAGGGGAGGAGGGGUAAUUCCCUAGAGCCUGAACGGUGGGAGAGAAAAAGUACAGACAGAGGGGAGUAUUAUAGAGCACUCAGAGACCGGUACCACUAUCAAGAUAGCUCUUUGGAUGAUUACUAUAACAAAAGGAGUCGAAGCAGGAAUGAGCUUUAUGAUACUGAUCAGGCACAUAUUUAUAAUAGUCAAAGGAAGAGAGACAGGCAGGAAGAAUAUCCACUAAGGUGCACAAAUGAGGGCGUCAGAGCUUAUGAUGAUGCUUUUAUGAGCAAUGUUUUGGAGAGAAAAGCCAAAUGCAAACCUUACAACGAGAGCUAUGGCAGUGAAACCCCUUCCAAAACCAGCAUCAAGCGAGGGAAUGACCAUUACUAUGGGAAACCUCCAAGCUACAGGGCAGAAGAGGAAGAGACACUGCCUCCAUAUACUGAAAUGCACUUGCAGAGGCUUAGGCCAGAAGAACUGGCAGGAAGGGCUUACUACCAGAAAAUGGAAUGCACUCAUGAGAGGAAAGAACAACCAAGGCAGAAGAAAGCUAACUAA